UCGCUGUGCUGGACGUCAUGAGCAUAGUAAUCGCGCUGGGAGUCACCACACCUGAAACGUCUUACUCAGAUAUGGCUGCUGGAUCAGACCCUGAGUCAGUUGAAGCAAGCCCUGCCGUGAAUGAGAAAAACUACAACAACCACAGCUGUGGGAGCGCACAGAGUCAUGGGUAUCGGGGACUACCAUAUGCUAUGCAACAGUCUUCCGUUGUGUGUUGUCAGGAUCACAACUAUGGCGCGCCCCCUCCCCCUACCCCACCCGCCUCCCCGCUCUCCCAAACCAUCAUUCCCCGCAUGGAUCUCAACGGCGUGGUACGCAGCUCCCGCUAUCACGAAGCUAAUGAGGACAACUCAGCCGACAGCGACAGCUCCUCAGAGGAGGACGGGGCUAUGGCCAGCUGGUGUCACUGCAGCCUGACGCCGGAUGGCCUGCUCAUCAAAUGUGACAACUGCAGGGGACUCGACAGGAGGAAAGGAGCAGAAGGUCAACACAGAAAAACAGAAAAUGUCUCAGCUGGAGAAAGCAGUGCCACAGAGAGUGGCGAUGAAGAGGUGUCGCCCUCCACCAUCUCCUACACUGCCACCCAGCACACGCCCACCAGCAUCAAACUUACUGUCAACCGGGUCAAAAGGAGCAAAUCCAAAAAGAGGAAGAAGAGCACGGAGAAGGCCCGUGGAACACCAAAGGGCAAGAAAGUCAAGGCAUUCAGAGAGGGUUCUAGGAAGUCCAUGAGGAUGAAGAACUCAACAACAGAGGCCAGUGUGUUGGAUGAGAACACAGCAGAAGGAUGGGAGAACAGGAUCCGCCAGUGGACGGACCAAUAUGAGGAGGCUCUGGCCAACCAGUACAGCGCAGAUGUCCAGACACUUCUCAAGCUUCACCGCGCUGCCACCACCACUGUUUCAAAGGCCGAGAGUGGCACCACAACGCCUCCUUCCACCACACAAAUCCACGCCUCCGUCGACGCCAUGGACACCAUCAACCGCACUGAGCUAGCCUGUAACAACACAGUGCUGGGCUCACAGAUGCAGCUACAGUUGGGCAGGGUAACGCGGGUUCAGAAACACAGGAAGAUCCUCAGAGCAGCCAAGAACCUGGACCCAGACACACUCAUCAUUGAAUAUCGGGGAAAGGUCAUGCUCAAACAACAAUUUGAAGUCAACGGGCAAUUCUUCAAAAAACCCUACCCAUUUGUACUCUUCUACUCAAAGUUUAAUGAUGUAGAGAUGUGUGUUGAUGCGAGGACCUUUGGAAAUGAUGCACGCUUUAUCAGGAGGUCCUGUACACCCAAUGCUGAGGUCCGGCAUAUGAUUGCUGAGGGCAUGAUCCAUCUGUGUAUCUAUGCCAUCAGUCAAAUCACAAAGGACGCUGAGGUCACCAUUGGAUUUGACUACGAGUUCAAUAGCUGUAAUUACAAAGUGGACUGUGCCUGCCAUAAGGGCAACCAGAACUGCCCGGUGCAGAAGCACAACCUGAGCCCCAGGGAGAGCUUGCUGAGUCCUCCCUCCCUGCCAGAGAGACUGCUUGAUGAGGUGAAGGUGGAGGAGGGAGAGGAGGGAGAGGUGGAUGAAAACGGGGUCACCAUCUCCAGUAAAAAAACAUGUAACAGUUUGGAGAGGAGGCGGAGGAGAGUGGGAGGAACAGAGGUAAAAGAGGAGGGCGUGGAAACUGAGGACGGGGCAGGAAACCCCACAGGGAACACCCCCACACCCCAAAACACUGGGGUCAGCACGCGACGCACCACCUAUGUCAUGGAAGCACCAUCUAUUGAAGAAAAGACAUCAUUACCCAACCUGCCCGCCCCAGUUGCCCCCCCUAAACCUGCACGACCCACCAAGCCUCGACCCAAAAGUCGGAUCUCUCGCUACCGGUCAAGCUCAUCCCAGCGCGCCCGGCGGCAGCGUCAAGCCCAUGCCCAACAGGUAGCGGCCGCUGCUGCUGCCGCUGCCAUGGGAGCGGCUCCAUCUUCAGCCGAUCAGGGUGCUGCUCUCGACGAAGAGGGCUCACAGGGUCCAUAUGGCGCUGAACAUGGCCACGGAGAGAGUGGUCUUGGGGGUCAUCUCCUAGAUGGAGAUGUCCAGGGUCUAAACUGCAUAAAUAGAGGCAACUUGCGCUACCCCAAGACCAAGAAGUACCUGGUGACAGAGUGGUUGAAUGACAAGGUCCCUGGAGGAGAAAAGGUCCACCAGGAGGUGCCCGUCGAGCGCCCGCUGCGGAUAACCACUGACCCCACGGUGCUGGCCACCACCCUCAACAUGCUGCCAGGCCUCUCCCAUUCGUCGCUCAUCUGCACCACACCCAGACACUACGUCCGCUUCGGCUCCCCCUUCAACCCCGAGAGACGCCGGCCCCGCCCACUCCAAAUGGACGGCACUUAUGGCUGCUACAAGAAGAGAUGGAUAAAGCAGUUGGAGGACGAGAGCUGUUCAGCCAGUGUGGAGGAUGGCACAGAGUCCACCUCCUCCCAGCAAAGCACCAGUAGCAGAUCCACCCCUAACCCCCUUUCCAGCGAAGUCAGCGCACCGUUUAAGAAGCGCCGCUCAAAGUAUAUGGCAGGGACGACACCAACACCCUCGGACCACCUGCUCCGCCCGCUGUCACCCAUCACACCACCGCUCCCAGAGGACUCCCUCCACCCGCUGCUCCACACCCCCUGUGGCUCCCUGCUGCCCAACGGCCUGGCCUACUCGCCCAUGCCCUCACUGCCCGCCAGCCGCUGUAAUACACCGCUGCAAUUUGAAAACAUAUCAUCCCCGGAAGCGUCUCCUGUUCACCGGCCGGAGUCCAUCUCUCCUGAGCCAUGUCUUCAGGCAGACUUUGACGUCCCUCGUCCUCAGUUCCCAGACCUGUCGCUCCCCUCCAGCCUAGAGAGCCCUGUGGCUCUGACCUCCGAUGACUUCUCCCUUCCUGGAGGCCCUUCAGGCCACGAUUCCCAGGGCCCAUCAUCUGUAGGGACCAGUUCCCUAAACCCAGCGUCCUGUCCUUCCUUAGACCUUACCCCCCAAAACAGGGAGCAGGCCUUCAAGACAGAGUUCAACCUCAUAUACACCUGCUCCCCCCUCAAUGCAAACCUGGGGAACCCCGUGGCCACUGACCGCCACCUCUCCCAGUCAGAAGGUGGCUUCUCCCCAGCAGAGUCCUUCCACAGUUCCAUAAGCGGCCAGGGGCUGCUGGGAGACGUGGGUACCGGCUCCAUGUCGCCCUAUGGUGAGCCUCAUUAUGGGGGAAGCUACCCGGAUAGUGGAACACCUCCUCACACCAGCAACCCACCUCAAAAGAAGAAGGUGUCAUUGCUGGAGUACCGUAAGAGGAAGCAGGGAAGUGGUCGCGACUCGGAGCCUGUCGGGAGCAGCUCGUCUCUGGGUGGCACCCCCACCCGGCCUGGCUCUCACUACAGCCAGGACUCCCAUCAACCCCAUCAACCCCAUUCCCAUCAGCAGAUGUAUCCCCCGGCUUCCCCACACAGCUCCUUCUCUUCCUCAACACACACCUCCAUCCCGCAGAUAGAGGAGGUCAGUCCUCCAGACCACCAGGGCUCGUCAGUGCAGUCCAGACGCCAGGACAGCAACAACCAGUGGAUGGUUCCAACUACUGUUGAACGUCUAAGGGAAGGUCAGGGGGUUCUGGAGCGAGUGCUAAGAAGCAUCAAGAUGGAGCGGAAUUACAAGAGAAGUGAUGGCUCAGCAGAGAAGGAAUCUGAUGCAGAUCGAUAUGAGAUGCAGGCAGCGGCCAUGGCUUCUCCCAUGAAGAGUCCACAAAGAUACAGUCCCUCUGUGUACUCACACCAGUCAUCAGAAAGUCACCGGCAGACCGACAGCCCGUCGUUCAUCCAGCAAACCUCCAACUCUCCAUUCCGGGGUUCCUACAGUCCCUCAUCAGGCCAGAGCUUCUACCCACGCCUCUCCUCCUCUCACCCGGGACUGUCCCAGGACCACCCUCCAUCCUGCUACCCCAGUCACACAACCAACCCCGCCUCCUCCUCGUCCUCCUCCUCCUCCUCCUCGUCCUCCUCCUCGUCCUCCUCCUCCUCCUCCUCCUCAGACUCCAGGCUGCCAGCGGGCUCUCUACACCAGCAGAGUGGCAGCAGUAACGUGGACGGUGGCCACGGCUACGGCAACAGCCACUUAAAAGCGAGCCUUUUGAACAGCAGCGGCCUGCCGGGGUCUCCCGCCCCAGGACCCAGGGCCCACGGGCAGACUAAAAUAGACUCGGGUGCCCAGGCCUCCAGAGGGAGCCAGCAGGCAUCUCGCAGCCUGAAGUCGGGUAGCCCGGGCCAGACGGCGCUGCAGGCCGGCCCCAGGUUGCUGUCGGCCUCCGGACCGACACACUACCCACAGCGAGGGUCAAGCCUCAGUCAGUUCCAGCACUCCCCGCUCCAGGGACCCGGAGUAAGGACACAGUCAGGAAGCUUUUAGGACCUUGUUCAAGUGUGUGCGUAUGUGCGAGUGUGUGUGUGUGUGUGUGUGUGUGAGUGUGUAUGAAGCUGCGUACCUCCUCAACCCCUGCGGUGAAAUGGGGCUCAGGGAGUUUGGGGAGGGGAAAUGUACAGACCCAAGAGGAGCAAGGACUUCUUUACAGAUUUCUCCUUUUCUCCUUUUCUCCUUUUCUUUUUUUCUGUCUUUUCUUUCUUUAUUUACAAAAAAACAAAACAAAUUACCACAUUCUGCACAAAGCUAAUCAUUGACUUUGGACAUCAUUACGGAACCAGUGGAAAAACCAAUUUGGAUGACACAUUCUGAAAAAAAUAACCAAGAAAUCACAUGUAACUUGAAAUUGUCCCCAGUGUUUCCUCAUGUGCCGGACUGUGCAAACAGGCUCUGUAAUGUCGGAAAGUAAAAACUUCCACACAAAUGUCUGUACAAAGUUAUAAAAAGCCGUACCUGUCAUCAUGGUACCCAGGUUGGAUAAAUGCUGAGAUGCAUAUGUAACUGAAAGCAAGAGUUGUUUUAUUUUUGAUUUUUUGUUUUUGUUUUUGUCGUUACUUUUUUGAUUUGGCAAGUGGCCGAGUCUGUGCUGCAGUAAAUAAGUGUUUGAUUUGGAAAGAGGGGGAAACAAUGCAAGCGAAGGCGACAUGUUAAUCAUCCGUUCUAAAGAUGCAUUAGAGAGGCGGGGAGGAGGGGUCCUCCCUGGAUAGGAUCAUUCCAUGUGAUUACCAGUUUCCGUGUUCUCUCACUAAACAUGAAAACAGCCCUUUUUUUCCCUCCGUCUGUUCCAAUGUUCUGUUGUUUUGGGUUCUCUUCUGUUCUCUCAUCCCCACUGGACUUUUUUGAUUUCACAUUAGGACUACUUCACUGUAGACUUCUGAUAUUGUACUUGAGACAUACAGGUCUUAUGAUUCAUGGUGCUGCGUUCUUGUUUUUUUUUUUUUUUUUCCAAUAAAUUUGAAAUCCAGUUAUGUUCCCCACAUAUGGCUGCAUUCAUCUUGUCAUUAAAUCAGUUGGAACAAGUUUUCCAAAUUCAUACUAAUUAUAUAUUCUAGAGUGGGAUGCAGGAACAAAAUGAGAGGCGAACAAUCCAAUGUAAUUUCUAAGAUAAAAUGUUGGGUUUUUAUCCUGCAGGAUUUCUUUAAAUAUAUGUUUGGUUUUUUCCCUGACCAAUCCUUGCAUUCCGUUUGACACCGAGGAAAAUCGGGGAAGGGAUCUCUGAGGGAGUAUUUGGAUUGUUUAUAAAACCUAGGUUUUAAAAAAGCUGCUAUGUUCUCGUGUGAGAGCUGCUUCCCUUUCCACAGAAUGCUGUAUUUUUAUUUUUCCUUUUUAACUCACAAACUGACUUGUAAUAAAGAGACAGUUCUCCUGACCGCCACAGUGGGACCUCAAACCGACGUUAAGCUGACAGCUGGGCGGCAGCAGGAGUCGCCCUCUCCUCCCUCUGAGACUUUUAUUUUGGACCGGAUGUGGAAACAAAACGUCUGCGUUCGUGUGGGAAAGCUUCGAGGACCGAGGGCCCGGUCAUGAGACUGGACCCCACCCGCCACUACACCCACCGCCCCUCCUCCCCUCAGUCCGCAAACACACAGAAGGGUACUCGUGUUACAUGAAUGUUUGACAAAUUGAAAAAAAAUAAAGUUGUGACCCAAAAUUAACCAGCACCUUAAAAAUGAAAGAAAUACAACCUAAAAGACACAAUAGGACAAUAUGUAUGAUUAUGUGUACUUGUAUAGAAAGAAAUGUGAUAUAGACUUGUAUGGAGAAAAUAUAGUACACUGAAUUUAUCGCAUGAUAUUUGUUAUUAGGGUCCGAGUGACCAACUCUGUCAGACGGUUGGAAGCUGAUCAUUGGGUCUGUUCCUGGGUUCCUCCGAAAACCAGACGCUGCAUUCUCUUUUUGUUGUGUAAAGAUCAUUCUGUUGGUUUGGAUUUAUUUUUACACAGAUCAUAGUAGUAACUAUUUCAAUUGUUCCCCUCCAAAAGGUUUAAGAAGCAAGAGAUGUAAUGCUUUUUGAUAAUAAAAUAAUCAUGAUGGUAAUGUAUUUUGAAAACUACCAUUGUGAUGUGUCAUUUGA